GGAUGAAUCGCGCCGCCGUCAGUUAUUUCUGUUCGUCAGAAGCGUUUGUGUGUGGCUGCGAGAGAAUCCGACGUUUCGAUCAGUCGCAUCCGCAGUGUUUACCGAGAGUGUUUUGUUUCGGGUGAUUGGAACAUAGUAGGUCUGAUGGCCCGUAAGUGGAUUACUGUUUAGGCGGAAGCGAAUUUUUUUUCGCGCCAGUGUUCCAAACAUGAUGACACCGAGCAGCCAGUAUUUGAGGCCGGAGUAUUUGACCCCUUUGCCCACCACUUUGGACGCCAAGAAAAGCCCGCUGGCACUUCUGGCCCAGACAUGUUCGCAGAUCGGAGCAGAUGCGCCCAACCCGAAGCUACUUCAGGGCUCCGAUAAGCCAGCGAAAAAACCCGACCAGACGCCGAAAGAGAAGUCGCGAUCCACCCCCUCUUCUGAGUCAAAGUCGACUCCCUACAAGCAGCAGGUAGAAAGCCCGCGGGAGAAAACCGCCACUCCCGAGGAGCGUUCGUGCAGCGUAGGAGGGAACCGAGUGAGGACGCCCAGCAGUCGGGGCGCGCAGGUAAACGGGCGCUGCGCCAGCAACCAGAGCGCCACAUCGGCUCGCGAAAGCCCCGCGGGCGACGACAGCCGCGCCUCAAGAAGCCCGGAAAAAGCCUCAGAAGGGAGCAACAGUCCGAAGACUCCGUCCGGCAGCAAGACCGCCUUCACCCCCAAUAUCCUCACCAGUUCCUCGGACCCGGCCAUCAAAGACCUGCCGCUGGGGACAUUCAAACCAGGCGUCACUCCGGUGAGUUCGGCCUUUCUGAGCACUCAGAGCUACCCGGGUUUUCCGCACAUGGACCUGAUGACGUCGAGCUUCUUAUCGAGAGCCAGCGCUCUGAACCCGUACUUCUCCUACGGUCGGCUGAAGGCUCAGGACACUUUGUCGGCCUGUCGCGAUCCGUACUGCACGGGCUGCAGCGUAACCUCGCAUCUGUUCGGAGGUGCCGUGCAAAAGCCGCCCUGUCCGGCCGGUUGUACUCAGUGCGAACAUUCCAAGGUGCCCACGACAGCCGCCUACAAUCCGGCAGCAGCUGCUGCAUAUGCGCAGGCGCAGUUUGCUGCCAUGGCUGCAGCCACUCAGCUGCCUUUUAUCUGCAAUUGGAUAUCGGGGGACGCUUCCUACUGUGGCAAGCGCUUCUCCAACUCAGAAGACCUGCUCACGCAUCUACGAACGCACACGAGCGUCACUUCGGAGGCUUCGCUCCUUGCGGCCCCUGGACACCCGAUGAUGCAUCGGACUUAUCCCACUCCGCCCCUGUCGCCAUUGGCUACUGCCAGGUACCACCCCUACAGUAAACCAUCCCUUCUUCCUCCAUCUCUGAGCGCUUUUCCUCUCGGGCAUCCCGCCCUGCCUCCCUACCUCAAUCCCUACUCCCUCUAUGGGCCCAGGCUGGGCUCCACGCCAGGGAUGCAUCCGUAAAAAGUCAUUGCGUCUACUACUUUUUGCUUACGGUCAUUUUAAAAGUCUGCGAGUGUAUGAGGGCGGUUCGCAGAUAUUUUUUUCUUAACCGUCCACACCAGUAACCUCAGAGAAAGACGUGAGGCAAACUCUAUCCGCCAGUUCUCAAGUAGCAGCUCCAACCGAAAUGCCAGCUAUAUCUCACCCAAUAACAUCUGCGCCGUUUCGGUUCAAAUACAACUUCUAAUACUAUAUACUGUAUCCGGAGUCUAAGGCAGGACCUACUAGAUCUACCGAUUUGUCAAGGAACCUACCGAUACCAUGCCGAUUUCUACCGAAAAGUAACAAACAAAAACUGAAAACAUUUCCGUGGAUUACUUAAAAUAAUAUAACAUUUAAUAAAUGAUAGUGAAUUACAGGUCUGGACACAGAAUGACGUCUGUUGCGAAAUGUUGAAGAAAAGAAAAGAGUUUUGGAGCCAAGUACAAAUAUUGAAAUAUGGAGGUGAUACAUUCAUGUUUCCAAUUUUAACCAAUUUUUUUUGUAACCUGCUUAUUCUACCUGACUCAUCAGCCAAGUUGAACGGAUAUUUUCACAGGUUAAUCUAAUAAAAACUAAGUUGAGAAAUAAGCUAAAAACGAGUACAAUUUUAUCUUUACAUUUUUACUGACUCAAAAUUUUGAAAAAACGCGCGAUUUUAUGGAGCCUUUAAUGAUGAAAGAAAAAUGAGUCUACCGAUUUUCUACCGAAAAGUGUCGAGCUUAUCUACCGAAACUCGAUUUUCGGACCUGGCAACCCUGGGCAGGACAUACCUAUCCAAUAGAUAUACCCGGGACGAAACGCAUGGUGCUUCAACGCGGGCCAUAGUCGUUUACUUUUUUUUAGUUAAUUGUUUCUGGUUAUUGUUUGUUUGUGUUUAAGAAGCAAUCUUAUAGGAGAAAGAAAUUUUAUGCUAUUUAUUUUUCUGAUUUUUCACAGGCAUGUAUAUAAUUAAAGUGAAAGUCAUAGACAACAUUUAAAUAUAUCUGUUCAUUAUUUUAGAAAGCAGAAAACAAUAAAAAAACAAACAAGAUCAAUGACUAUUAAAACUCCAAGAAUCCAAAUCUUUCCUGCGGGAACUAAUUGUAUAAAUCACUAACGAUCAUCACUAGCAUGAAUUUGAGCAACAGCUACUGAACUAAAAACGUGCUAGAAUCCACAAGAAUCUGUGUUUUUCUGAGGUUAUAAUUUCGUUCGCAAUGGAAAUAUCAAACCGGCAACGCGGCAGUGGGACGCGCAAGCGCAAUCAGCCAGGACUGGUGCGGACGGUUAAGAAAAAAAUAUCUGCGGGCGGUUCACUCCAGUGGACACUAUGUUCUUCUGAGUUCAUAUCACGUGAAGUGUUACACAUUCGGUCGGUAAAGCGUCACUUUCCGCACUAGGUUGAUAAUAGGCGUUUUCGAUUCAAGGGCGAACGUCCGUUAGGAUUUCAGUUUGAAAACUGAUUUUCGUUCCCGUAUCGAACAAUAGUUUUUAUUCGAAUGAAAGGUAUAACACGAACAAUAAGUUAUAAUAAAUAAAAAUAGCCCAAAAAAAAUUCUUUUAAAUUUUUUAUGACAGUGACAAGUUCAAUUUGCCACAUUGAGCUUUGCUCACACUGAAUGAAUACUAAAGAAAAGUGAGUCUUUAUGAUCAUCGCUUUUCAACGAAAAAUGACGCAGUUUCUGAUUCAAUCUAAUAAGAACAACUAUUUGAAAGGCAGAUUGAACAGAGUUUGGGGGUUAGUUUCAAUAGUGGCUUUUGAAACAGAUUUUCCUCUCUAACUUCCUGGAAGCUUCAGCAAACGAAAUCUCCUUGAUUACUUUUUUUACCCGGACUGACUCAACAAUCACACAAAAUUUUCCCAAUUGAAAAAAUACUUGCGAAUGAUCUUAAUAUAUACUUAAUCUGAAACUAAAACCGUUGCACGUCAUCAACACCCCAAAUUAGUAAUUUUCAAACCACCCGAGCAAAAAUAUAUUACUAAUACAAUUAGAACGUAGUAUUAUAUAUCGUUAUACGUCACGAUCACGUUCACUUUAUUUAUAGAAAACUACAUUAAAGAGAGAUAGACAUAAUCGCCGAUAUGUUCCGCCAAUAAACGAAUCUUUACUGUUUGAUUCGGUUUGAAGGAAUUUUUAACCUUAUAAGUUGGUAGCGAAUUACUGUGUUGUCAGGUUGACGUUUGAUUUAUCGAUUAGUUUUUAGUUUAGUUAGUUUUUAUUUUUGCCUAUAAAUUUUUGCUAAUGUUUCCCAUAUCUCAAUCGUAGUUGUUAGCUUUGAGUCUUUUAAAGUCUUCAAAAGUGAUCAAAGUAUUCAAAGUUAUUUUAGUAUUAGCGAUUAUUAUUCAUCUAAAACCAAUUCAAUAAUCUUUUAUCAAAAACAAAAGAUUUUCAUGACAACUUGGCAAUUGGAUCAGUUUGACGGUAGAUGACGUGAACGGUUUUGGUUUUAGAUUACGUUUAGUUCAGCUUCAGCUGCAAUAACCGAUCAACUAGAUUCAUUGUGAACGUGCCCCAUACAGGCCAGCAGUAAUGUUUGUACAUAUAAAAUAUUGCGUGAAUAAAUGUACAUUUUUUUAAGUCUAUUAGGUUGUACCGAGACUAUUUGUACAGAUCUCAUUCUGGAUGUGAAAAGUGCGUUAUAUUUUCCUUGUUAAAUGUACGUAGUUAGUAAGGGCCAUUUAAAGUUUUUUCUUUCGGGCGCUUCAACAAUUGUUAUUACGGGUCGUUGUGUGGAUUUUUCGGAUUUUGUUUUCAACAAUUUGUGAUACUUAUUUAAAUGGCCAAAUAAUAAUAUUAAUAAUAAUAAUAAUAAAACUGUUUUCGUUUUCUUUGCGUUGUAACAAAGGUCUGUCCUACCAUAUCAUCAAUGUAUACCUUAUAACAAUAUUAAAGUGAAAGAAAUAUAUUUUUAUUGUUACAAGCA